AUGAUGAGUGUGGAACUUUUAGUAAUUCAUUAAGAUGGAGAAUAAUUUUAAAACUAAGCUUAGAACAAGUCUAUUAUUCCUUCUAAAUUUGAUUUAGCCUUAAGAGAGGCUAACAUAAUUUGUCUAUGCAUUUGUUGCUAUUAUACCUUUAAACUUCUUUUUACCUUGGUAUAUCAUAAAGAAAUUGAAGACAAAUCAUAGGAAUAUUUUAUAAUAAUCACUUUUUUAUAUGAUGUUAUUGCAUUUACACUAUUUGCAAUAUUACAGUAUAUUUAAUUUAAAUAUAUAGCGCUCUCACCGAUAAUCUGAAAUUCUCUGAACUUAGCGAGUAUGAUUAAUAGAUCAAUUUAUUUGAAUUGAAUCAUUGCCUCACUUGCUUAACCAUUCAAGAACUUGUUUCCAUAUAUAAACCUCUUAAUGGAUGUAUGAUAAUCUACACUCUAUAACAAAAGUCCUUUUCCAAAUGUCUUGUUGUUCUAAAAUUACUUAAUUAUUUAAGUACAUACUUAGCUAUCAACAAUUACAAUCUUCUAUUUGAAAGAACUAAUCCUCUUAUUAAACUCUAAUUUAUAUUACUAAUCCUUAGUUGGAUAUUAUAAAUUAUAAUAAGUGUUUUGCUUAUAUUUAUUUAUUUUAUCUAUUCAAUAAAAAAAAAAGAACUUCAUUUUCAUUACAAAGGGAAAAUUAUAGACAAAAUGUUAUUUAUGAUUAAGGAAAUAUCCUAUUAGGAAAAAUUUUAGAACACCAAAUAAGACAAUUUAAUCAUAUGGUAUUUAUUAAAUAUAGUCAGCCCUAUUUGUUAUCAAGAAAUUAAUGAAAAUGAUACAAUUAUUUAAUUGCCUUGUCAUUUGAAUCAUUAUUUCCAUUCUUAAUGUUGUAAGCAAUGGUUAAUGAAAGAUCUUCGUUGUCCAUUAUGUAGACAUGAAUUAGAUUCUAAUAAUUCGAAUAAAGUAUACUCAGAUUACUUAUGA